UUCCGUUGGGUUCUCGUGCGUGCGUGCUUUCUCGUUUCUCGAUAACCUCUUAAUUUCACCUAUGAUCUUCCCGGGUCGGUUCCCACCGGGCACCCGAUUCGACCCGACCGAAACCCAGCUCAUCACCGACUACCUGUGGCCGAAAGCGUGCGAUCCACGUGGAUUCAAACCUGGCGCGGUCUUCGAGUGCGACCUCUACGACGACGACGAGAAGUGGAAGCACUGGUUCGACAUAACCGGCGAGUCGCGGCUCUACUUCUUCACCCGGCUCAAGAAGAAGAAGAAGGAGGAGAAGGGGCAGCGCGUGGAGCGGAGUUUCGGGCAGAGCGUGUGGAGGUCGCAGAGGGACUACGACAUACGCAUCGAUCCCGAUGACAAGGAGAGCCUCGUCAUCGGGAAGAAGCGGACGUUCUCGUACAAAGUGAAGACGGCGGCGGCGGCGGCGGAGGACGGCGGUGGUGGGAGUAGUAGGGAGAGUGAGAAUAACGGGUGGGUGAUGCACGAGUUCACGUUAGAUGGGGAUUUGGCUAAGAAGUUUGGUGGUGGUUGUGAUUGUUAUGUUAUUUGUUGUGUAAGGAAGAAAGAAGAGAGGUCAGGCAGUAGUACUGGUGAUGAGCGGCGGGAGAUUGAACUGAUUGAUCCUUCCAUGAUUCAGAUGAAUUUCGGUCAAUGAUCCAUUGUGCUUGCUUUGUUACGUAUUCAUCACUUUUUGUGUGUAUCGGAGUAUUCAUCCUUUUGCAUCUUCAAUCUUUCGCAAUUAACGUCUAAGGAUUCA